ACAUCGAGCCUGCACACCCUGAGCCCUCUCGUUGCCUUGACCACCGACGACAUCCUCGCUGUUCGGAACGCAGCUGCUUUUUGCGAGGCAGUCCAGAACUUGUUGAAGGGGAUUUAAGAGGAAUCCCAGCCCAGAGCACUCGGGGGCCCGCCAGGGGCAGAGAGUGCACCCAAUUUCGCGUCUUUUUUGUUUUCCUUCAUCUAUCCGGCGGAGCGCAGGUGCAUCAGCCUUGCAUCAGCCAGGUUCAUAACGUUCAUCAGCUCUCUUCUUGUCUCUACGCUUCGUCCUUGUGUCUGCGCCUACCUUGCUUGGGCCUGUACAUUCUUCGCUCUCUCCUUCGCUCUCCUUCUCUCCGGCUGGUCCGUCCUUACACUCACUGCUGCUGCACCACACCCUCCUUACCCUAAUCGCUCUUCAUCGCCCGAGAAUACAUGGCCGCUCUCAACCUGCACAUGCUGCCAGCAAACGUCCCCUUUGACUUUCUGCCCAACCAUCACCACCACUCGCGCUCUAACUCGGUCUCUUCUACAUCCUCGCAUUCUCCCCAUUCCAGGCCCCAGUCUUCCCAGGGUGCUAUCUUGCGAACCCCCUCUGUCCUCCCUGCCUCCGUCGAGGACCUCUAUCGUGCCUCCUUCCACUCCAUCCCCGGUUUUCACCCUGACCACACUCGUCACCCCUCAGACGCUUCCGCCUAUUCUUUAGCAUCCACCGAACUCAUCACACCUGCCGACUCUCCCCCAAAUCACAACAUCACAAAUCCCGCUCUCAAGAACCAUUUACGCCACAGUCAUAUCCGUGCUCGUGCUGCUGCUUCCCCUUACCCCCGAGACGCUGAGAGUGUUCACUCUUCUUCCAGCGAGACAGAGGAUCUUGCCAUGUACUUGGGCCCCACCGCUCAGGACUACAAUACCAUGUUUGCGGACCCCCAGAUGCUCGGCGGCAUUCCGCCUGAGACAAUCAAUCCUGCAGGGGCCUUCAAUAGGAUGAGCAUGAGCCCGGACCACGCAUUGGAGAAGCUGGCAGCUAACGUCCGUGCAGCUACGACGACGAGUGCUUCGGACAGAGCGAAGCAGAUUUUCGUACAAGCAUGGUGCGUGUUGACUGCUAACUAUGCCCCAUACCCUGACGGCAAUGUCCCUCGUCAAGGGUUAUACUUUUCUUAUCGUCGUGUUUGUGACCAGUAUGGGAUUCCACACAUCAACACCGCCACGCUUGGAAAGGCCAUCAGAUUGUGUUUCCCUACAAUCAAGACGCGGCGUCUGGGCGUACGAGGAAACAGUAAAUAUCAUUAUUGCGGUAUCCGUCCAGCCACCUCCGCCGAGGCCGAAUUCUUGCAGGAUUACAUUCGUAAAUCGAAUAAUAAUGCUGCCCAGCAAUCGGUGAAUGCAGCUAGGAUGGCAAGCGAGCAGGCAGAGGCCGCCAAUAGGGGAGAGGAUCGUUCGGAUGACGAUGAUGAGGACGAUUCAGAUGGACAGAGUUCUGGUAAUGCCUCAAAACGCAAUUCGCUCAAUCUCGGUAAUGGGAUUAAGAACGGAGUCGAUUUUGCGGAUGAAAAAACGCCGACGGCAGCUACGUUGCUCUCGCAAGCCCAAGGAACUCAACGACCUCCUUCGACUUCGUUCCCUCCGCAGGCUCCCAUUCGUCGUCACACCCAACCUCCAGAGGGCUUGGGAGUUUCCACUCAUCCAUCGCCAUCUAGUGACUCUAAAUCUGGACUGCCCUUCAUGCCGACAGCUGGUGGAAUGUCUGUUCGCCAGAUGCUCCAUUUCCCAUCAAUAGAAGAGGCUGUUGGUAGCAAUUCGACGUCUCCGCACGCCGUGCUUGCUCGCGAAGUCUGGGGCUGGUUCCAGGAUCAUUUAGAUGCACUUCUCGAUGGAAUCCGCUCAUACCGCUUUGACCAGUUUGAAGUUCACAUACGCUCUUUCUGGUCUACGCUUUCCCCUCAGCACCGAGAGGUCAUACACGCGCCCAUUGUGGCUGGUUUGAUGGCAAAGGCAGAUGCCAUCGUAUAUGAUGAGAUCCUCGAGUUCCUUCGUUCGCAAAUGCUUUCGCCCAUUCCUCCGGUAUCCAUCGCCGGUCUCCGCCAACUCGCCGACAAGAUGGAGAAGAUUUUGCUUGUUUCUCUGGAUGGUUAUGGGACCACGUUUGUUGAGCCAAAGGUGGAACUUGGCGCUCGGUUUGGACAUCUAGUCUUACGGUUCCUGGAUAUGUACCAGGUCACUCAGGCGUUGACCACCGUCCUGACCAACCCAAAACAACUGGUUGAUAUGCGUCGGUCAUGGCAAAAGGUCGACUUUGAGUCCGUUCGGAAUCAGUCCGCCUUGGUGUGCAAUUGCCGUCAUGAGGACUUGCUCCAGUUGCUCGAAGUCGAGUUCGUGGCUUUACUUGAUGGUCUUGCGAAGAGCACGGAACCUGUGCGAGACGUGAUGGCGUGGGCUGACAAGUGCUGCGAUCGUUUGAUGGCCAAUCGUGGAAGUGAGGAUAGGGCUACUAUGAGCUCCCGUAGCGUGUUAAUUCGUUGGGGCUACGUGACAAGUCAAGUCAUGAGAGACUUGACCAUUCGCAGUGACCCCACUUUUGGGGCUUUCCAAAUCCUGAAGUUGUUCCUCGAUGACUGGAUUUCGCUGAACGUUCUCAGGAGUGUCGCGCUAUCCACAAACUCUGUGGCGGCGUCGGUGGAACCAAUGAUGCAGUCUCAGUACCUCACCCUGUCACCAAUGCCUGGUCAGGAAUCAUUCCCUAACCCUCUAGACGUUCGCCCCCACCAUGGCAUUGCUGCACAUACUCCGACGACGUCUAGUAUGCUCGCAGCUCUUCAGCACGAUCCGUUCCCUUCCACAUCGCUCGACUCGUCGGCGUUCACUCCCGACGCGUUUGGCUCACUUUCAUACAUGGAUACCACUUCUCAGGAUGGAUCCUUGCCUGUCAACUCUUCCGAGCUCAAUUUCCCUGACUAUGUGGCUGGCUCUUCCACUUUCGACAUGAGCUCCUUUACACCAUCAGACCUCGGCCUCAGUACAGAGGCAACACCGCCGCCCUCUGGCAGCGAACCUGACACGGAUUCCGAGUCGACGAAGUUGAAGACGGAACCGUAAUAAAGAUAUGAAUGGGGUUUUUGGGGGUUGAUACAAUUGUCCCGACGGACAUUACCUUACUAUGAUUGCGCUAAUCUCUUCGGGCUUCUUGCUUUGACUCGUUUGCACUAAUUAUUAUUGACUUUUCGCGUUCCCUUACUUACUUCUAUCUGUAUCGUCUGCUCUCGAAGUCUUAUAUGUAAAUACCCGUGUACUCACCAAUCAUACCAAAUAUCGGGUCAUCACCCGCGGGCAGUGAAACUUGCAAAG